GACGAUAGGUAUGGGUAGGUCGUCAAACACACCGUCAUAAAGAUAACGAGAGGCGUAAAGCUCUCGCCCGCCGCAUCGCGCAAUCGACGGCAGUGGCAGCGAACUGCCAUCAGUGGCAAUACACCCAUAGAUACUUUUUGUACGAGUGCGCGAUUUGUCACACAACGAAUACAGACCGGACGACGAUUACAUUGUUUUAUAUACAUACACAUAGUCACUGAAGCGAAUUCACAAUGGUCAACAUAGCAAGCGUGGGCACGGUGAUCAUCAAAGUCGUGAAAUUGGUGUUGAACAUAAUCAUUUUGGUGCUAUACCGGACCGGGUAUCGCGGUGGGUUUUUGGGAGUCGGCGGCACGUGGAACUUGAACGAAGAGAAAAACCCGGAUGCGGAAAUAGUCGCUUCCGGUGUGUUUGUCGGUUUCUUCAUAUACACCAUUGUGAUCCUGAUAUCGUACGGGUUCGGGUCCAACCACCAGAAGAAAACGCUAGUGGAUAUAAUAAUGAAUUUCGUUGGAAUGUUCAUGUUUAUCGCCGUCGGCGGCAUAGCACUCCACUAUUGGAUUGGUUAUCAGAACGAAAACAAAUACAUCAGCGUCACUUCCGAACGUGCCAUAGGCAUCACGGUGGGCGUGCUGUGCGUUCUUUCCGGUGCCGUUUACCUGGUUGAUACCGUUCUGUCGUUUAUACAUUUCGCCAGAGAAAUGGAGUUCGAUUAAGACUUAAGAGGAGCGACUGCGACCAAUUUAAGUUAAUUAAAAUAUAGAUAAUUUAUCCAUAAGUUUGACGGUGUUACUCUUAUACGACAUAUAUGUAUACGUAUACACUAAAAAUCUGCCUGUAUAAAUAUAAUAUUAUGUAUACAAUCCGAAAGGAUAAAUGAACCGUGGAAUGUGCACGUGAGCGGAUAGUCUAUACAUGCAUGAGUGUGUAUGAUAUAUAGUAUUUUAAAAACGUUCAAACAUAUAAAUAAUAUAAUAAUAUACUAUGUGCUUUGUGAAACAAUAUCAAAUAAUUAAUAAUUAACUUUUUUUCUACUCAUUAUGUACCUAUUACUUAUACCUAUUUAAAUCUAACGACAUUCCAUCCAUGUAUAAGUCUUAAUAGUGUUUUGUAAAUAUAAUAAUAUAAAAAAGUCUUAUAUGUAGUAUAUAUUUAUAUAAUAAUAUGUUGUAUUAAUAGUUAGAUAUGUUAUAAUUAUAUUUAAAUACCGUGUAUAAGUACAAAUACAUUACACCAGCGAUCGUUUGUAUUUUAUUACAGAAUUAA